AUGGAAGGCACUCGUAGUGGACGAGGCCGCGGGCGCGGGGUUAGGCAACCCACAACUGACGAGGGUACUAGGGAUACCACGACUGAACCAAAUCCUGAACCUAGGGUUGACCCUAAUGCCCAGAUAGCUGCUGCAUUGCAGCAAAUGACCGACCUGUUAGCCCACGUAGUGCAACAGCAGGGCCAACCUCCUAUCCAGCAACCUGGGAACCCUGGCCAUGUAGUAGAGAGUGAAGAUCGGGCCCUAGAGAGAUUUCAGAAGUUCUCUCCACCAAAAUUUCUGGGCGGGCCAGAUCCGGACGUGGCCGAAAAAUGGUUAGAGAAAAUGAUAGAUAUUUUCGCCGCCCUACACUAUUCAGAGGAGAGGCAGGUUACUUUCGCUGUAUUCCAACUGGAAGGGGCCGCGCGUUCUUGGUGGAACGUGAUACGAAUGAAGUGGGACCGGGAACAAACCCCAAGAACAUGGGUAAACUUUGUGAGGGACUUCAAUGCGAAAUACUUUCCCCCUCUAGUCCAGGAAAAGAAGGAGGACGAGUUCAUUAGACUCCGUCAGGGGAUGCAAUCGGUGGCUGAGUACGAGAGCCAGUUUACUCGUUUAUCUAAGUUCGCCCCUGAACUCAUUCUAACGGAGCAAAGGAGAGUUCGGCGUUUUAUUCAAGGGCUCAAUGUGGAAAUUCAAAAGGAUCUGGCGGUAGCCCAGAUCAAUAUCUUUAGUGACGCCGUGGAGAAAGCUUUGCGAGUUGAAAAUGCCAGGCUUCAAGUAAGGAACUUUCAGGUGAAAAAACGGGGGUUCUCUGCGAGUAGUUCGACCCAAGGGGAUAAAGGGACCCCUCCCAAGUUUGGAAGAGGAGCAGGGGGAGGAAGAGUAACCACCCAGUCGUCGAAGGCUAACUCGGGACAGUCCAAGGUAGAAGGGACAAAGCCAAAGGUGCCAGCUCGGGUUUACUCCCUUGAGCAACAACAAGUCCCUGAUUCCUCUGGGGUUGUAGAAGGUACGAUCCCUGUUUUUCAUCGUCUAGCUAGGAUUUUGGUUGACCCUGGUGCUACCCAUUCCUUUGUUAACCCCGAUUUUAUGUACGGCAUUGAUAUAACCCCUGUUAGCUUGCCUUAUGACUUAGAAAGAGAGAUAGAGUUUAAGAUUGACCUGUUACCGGGGACAUCACCUAUCUCUAAGACCCCCUACCGAAUGGCACCUGCUGAGCUCAAGGAGUUGAAAUUACAGUUGCAAGACCUGUUGGAGCGUGGGUUUAUUCAGGAGAGUGGAUCUCCGUGGGGGGCUCCGGUACUAUUUGUUAAGAAGAAGGAUGGAACUUUAAGAUUGUGUAUCGAUUAUCGGGGAUUAAACAAUAUGACCAUUAAGAACAAAUACCCACUUCCCCAUAUCGAUGAACUGUUUGACCAGUUGCAAGGCGCGGUGGUCUUUUCAAAGUUAGAUCUCCGACAGGGUUACUAUCAGUUGCUUAUUAAGAAAGAAGAUGUACCCAAGACUGCUUUCAAUUCUAGAUAUGGGCAUUUUGAGUUUGCAGUCAUGCCCUUUGGGUUGACCAAUGCCCCUGCCGCCUUUAUGGAUUUGAUGCAUCGGGUUUUCAAACCCUACCUGGACCGAUUUGUUGUCGUGUUUAUUGACGACAUCUUGGUCUAUUCUAAAACCCGUGAGGAACAUGAGCAGCAUUUGAAGCUAGUGUUACAAACCCUAAGAGAUCAUCGGCUAUACGCCAAAUUUAGUAAGUGUGAAUUUUGGUUGGAGAAAAUCUCUUUCUUGGGACAUGUGAUUUCAAAAGAAGGUAUUACAGUGGAUCCCGCGAAAGUAGAGGCAGUGGCUGAAUGGAAGAGGCCAGAAAACCCCACUGAGAUUCGCAGUUUCUUAGGGUUGGCUGGGUACUAUAGACGCUUUAUUAAAGACUUUUCCAAACUGGCCGGCCCUUUAACCGAUCUAACGAAGAAAAAUAGCCGUUUUGUGUGGGAUACUAGGUGUGAAACCAGUUUUCAGGAGUUGAAGCGAAGGUUAACCAUGGCUCCUGUUUUGGCCUUACCAAAUGGGAAAGACAGUUUUACUGUUUAUACCGAUGCUUCGAGGGAAGGCUUAGGGUGUGUGUUAAUGCAAAACAAGAACGUGAUUGCCUUUGCCUCUAGGAAACUAAAAACCCAUGAACAAAACUACCCUACCCAUGACUUGGAGUUAGCUGCUGUGGUCUUUGCUCUGAAAAAGUGGAGACACUAUCUCUACGGGGUUACCUUUGAGGUUUAUUCAGACCAUAAGAGUCUUAAAUACCUUUUCUCCCAAAAAGAGUUGAAUAUG